GACACUUUUUGAAGUUUUUCGGAUGGAACCAGCACUCUCCACCAAGAAACAAAGGGAACCCAGUUCAACCCACUCGUAGUCGUAGUACUUUAGUUUAGUGCAAGAAUGUCACGUUGACCGCACGAGUAUGAAAACAAUUGAGUAGUCACUGAUGCACUGAUUCUAUCAUUCUACACCUGUACUUGUAGCUGAUAGAUUUCUUCCUGGAGUUCAUUUUGAUAAUACUUGAUACCUGGUAGUUUUCAUUCUGAGUUGGCAACUUGUCUGGCACUUCUCUUGGCCUUGCAAGUCCAUGAAUUUUAUUAGAAAUGGGCUGUAGAAUAUUCUUUUUGUCGGCUUUUUUGCUGGCAGUGUUACUGAAUUGCUUCACCAUAAGCCCUGCAGCUGGAGAUUGUUUUCCACAAGGCCUCAGGAAAGAUUGUGGAUUUUUUGGCAUUACUCAGCAGCAAUGCCUGGACAAGGGAUGUUGCUGGCAUGAGUUCCCUGAUCAUUCACCGUGGUGCUUCUACCCUAACAGUGCACCUCCAAGCUAUGUUGUCAAGGCUGUUCUCAACACCACUACUGGAUUAAAGGUAUCCCUGAUUACCAAGAACACCUCGGCUGGUCAUGGCGCUGCCAUCACACCCGUAACACUGCGAAUUGACUUUGAUACUGAUCAGCGACUGCAUGUCAAGUUUACGGAUGAUAACGACAUGAGAUGGGAAGUGCCAAGCCAGUUUUCACCUGUACCAGACCCACCUACCAAGCGAGCAUCUAACCCGAUGUACACAGUCACUGUUGCUGAUCCUGGUCAGGUGUUCUUUAUCAAGAUAGCACGGAAAUCUGAUGGUGAUGUUAUCUUUGACUCAACCGGAACCACAAGCUUCACUGGCUUAUCGUUCUCUGAUCAAUACCUGUCCAUCACCACUCAACUCCCAUCUAGUCCCAACAUCUAUGGUCUUGGAGAACAUGUCCAUGCUCUGAAGCUUUCCUCAGGAACAUAUACCAUGUGGAACUUUGACACGGCUACUCCUCCCAACUUAAAUCUGUAUGGCUCUCAUCCGUUCUACAUGGACCUGCGCAAGUCUGGCGCUGCGCAUGGUGUGUUCUUGCGCAACAGCAACGGCAUGGAUGUUAUGCUCGCUGCGUCCAGCCUCACAUACAAUGUGAUUGGAGGUGUUCUCGACUUCUACUUCUUCCUGGGCCCCACUCCUGAAGAAGUGGCCGUUCAAUAUCAGCAGGUCAUCGGCCGUCCUCAUAUGCCACCCUACUGGGCACUGGGCUUCCACCAGUGCCGCUACGGAUACGAGAAUGUGGAGGCUCUGGAAACUGUUGUGUCCAACUAUGCAUCCCACCAGAUUCCUCUGGAUACGAUGUGGACUGACAUUGACUACAUGGAUUCGUACAAGGACUUUACCCUGUCCCCGACUAACUUCCCCAAGACGGAGAUGAACACAUUUGUCAGCAAGCUCCACAGCAAUGACCAGCACUAUGUGGUAAUCAUUGAUCCUGGUAUUGCCAAUCAAGAUGGCUACCCAGCUUGGGAUGAUGGUAAAAAGCAGGACAUCUUUAUCAAGGACAAGAAUGGCAAUAUAUUCAUCGGCAAGGUUUGGCCUGGAGCAACGGCAUUCCCUGAUUUCUUUCACCCCAAUGCAAUGUCCUAUUGGAAGAAUGAAAUUUCAAAGUUCCUGGAUCUGCUGCCUGUGGAUGGUCUGUGGAUUGACAUGAAUGAGAUCAGUAACUUCUGCAACGGUGCUUGCGAUGACGAUGACGCUAGUCCUACUGCAAACUCUACCAUUCAGACGCAGCAAGAAAGAGUUGGGUUUGAUCCUGUGAACCCACCGUACGCUAUUCACAACCAAGGUGGUGGCAAUGCAUUGAAUGUCAAGACCCUGGACAUGGACUGUGUUCAUCAUGAUGGUGUUCUGGAGUAUAAUGCUCACAAUCUAUUUGGAUUGACUGAGGCCAUUGCCACAAACGAGGCUUUGGAGUCUCUGAAAGGCAAACGGUCGCUGGUGAUCUCAAGGUCUACAUUCCCUGGCAGUGGUUCACACACCGGACAUUGGACAGGCGACAACCACGCCAGCUGGGAUGACUUGUACAACAGCAUUCCGGGAAUGUUGAACUUCCAGCUUUUUGGUAUCCCGCUGGUGGGAUCCGAUAUCUGCGGAUUCAUUGGGAGCACGACUGAGGAGCUGUGUGGUCGCUGGAUGCAGCUUGGUGCAUUCUAUCCAUUCUCUCGCAAUCAUAAUGUCAAGGGAGCACCUUCACAAGAGCCAUACACGUGGGAUUCAGUUGCUUCAAUCAGUCGUGAAGUACUGGGAAUACGCUACGCAAUCCUGCCCUACUACUACACACUCUUCUACUUUGCCAACAAGGACAUAGUGGACGAUGGUUCUAUGGCAGGGGCGACCGUUACUCGACCUCUCUUCUUUGAGUUUCCAGCCGACCCAAAUACGUUUGCCAUCGAUAAGCAGUUUCUGGUCGGCCCUGGCCUGCUGGUGUCCCCUGUCCUGACGCAAGGUGCUACUAGUGUGGAGGCUUACUUUCCAGCUGCACGUUGGUUUGAUUACUACAAUGGUACUGAGCAGACAUCAACUGGUGCCAGUGUGUCCCUCUCCGCACCCAAGGAUCACAUCAAUCUUCAUAUCCGUGGUGGAGUCACUAUUCCACGACAAACCCCAGCUCUAACUACGACUGCCACCCGUAAGAAUCCCUACAACCUUCUUGUUGCACUUGACAAAGAGCAAUCGUCGACGGGCUAUCUGUUCUUGGACGAUGGUGACUCAAUUGGUGACACAAAUCAUGUAUUUAUCACCUACUCUACUGUGUCCAACUCAACUGCCUCCAUCCUUCAAGCCAAGGUCACAACCAAGGGCUCAACGAACGCCGACACCCCCAAUCUGGACUCAGUGACAGUGUACGGUGUUUCCAAAUCACCUGAGCAUGCCACCUUGAAUAAGAAGGCUUUCACCAGCUUCAAGUAUGACACAACCAACAAGGUGCUUACGUUUUCCUCAAUGUCACAGAGCAUGGAGGAAGGCUUCGUCUUGUUAUGGUCGUGAGCAGCUGCUUAUGCCCAACGAUUUAGUCGUAACAAUCUUGCCAAUGGCCGUUUCUCGCCGUCUAUGUUCGUCAAAGAUAGAGUGUUUGGUUGCACACUGCAGUUGCAAUUCUCUCUAGGUCUCGCAGCAGCAGCCACUCUUGUGCUUGUCCUUAUUUGUCAUGCAUUUAUAUCUUGUGUAGAACAGUGUAUCCAUGCGUGGCAUACAGGCCAGUUUGGAGCACUUUUUCUUCUUCUUCUUCUUCUUUUUUCUUCGAGCAUUGCUGUAUUUCCUUCCUAUUCUAUUAUCAAGAUUUUUUCCGCCGUGUUCAAUCAUUAAUUUUAUGGCAAAUUAUGUAUCAUUAUUUAAAAAAAAUUUGAACUAACGAUGUUGUGCAAAUCGUUUAUAGAAGUUUAUUUUUUUGCUAUCUACUAAUUAAAGACUGUACAGUAGCAGUGUCCUUCAGAAGUAUAGGGUAGCUGUGUGUGUCACAUAGUGUGGACUGGGUUUUAGUUUUUACUCGCAGUCUGGCUCCGGCCCGAGCAGAUAUUGGUUGCUUUCAAAAGCAUGCUUGCGGUCGCCGUCUACUUUUUAUGCUUCACAAAAUAAUAAUAAUUUUGUUACUGUUUGUACUGACAGUGCGCCCCUAGCCCUGCAUAGCUACUGUAGGCUUGUCCUGUGGUUUUAUACUAGUACCCAGUGCAUUCUACUAGGGUAAUUUCUAGCCAAGAGUACAUAAAUCAUACCUACCGGUAUUUUAUGAAAUGUUAUGACCGUUUUUGUACUUUUGCUGUAGCGCUGCAAUCGAUCCCCUAGGCCACGCUGUUCACUGCUUUGUUUUUAAAACAUCUAUCCUUCUUUAGUUGUUUUUGUUUUUAUACUGUUAUUGCUCUCAAUUUUGUGGUAAACAUUCGGCAAGGAAACAAA